CUCUCCCUGCCUGCCCGGGCAGCUGAUGUGACUGACUGACACCGGCUCCCGCUGAGGAGGAGGAGGAGAAGGAGGAGGAAGAGGAGGAGGAAGGAGAGCAGCGGCGAGGCGAGGGAGGGGGGGAGCGAGUGACCGGCCGCGGAUUUUCAUUGCAGAGAGGAGGGGGGAAAAAAAAAGGCUACGCGGGUCAUCAAAGCAGAAUGGCAGAGACUCAUGGCUUGAUGGAGAGAUUGGAGAAUGCAGUGACUCGACUUGAAUCAUUAUUUUCAGAUUCACAGAGAUCUGGUGGAAUGGAGUGUGAUGGCAUCAAUGGAGUCAAUGGAAGCAUAGCACCAUAUGUGGAAGCCUUUGAUAGGCUGCUGAAUGGAAGUGUUGCUGAGUUUCUCAGGUACAGCAAGAUUCUUGAAGGUGAUGUGAAGACACAUGCAGAGAUGGUACGUGCUGCUUUCCAAGCACAGAGAUCUUUCUUGGUGUUAGCAUCUCAAUGUCAAGAGCCUCAAGAGAAUGAGGUGGCAAUGCUUCUUAAGCCAAUAUCAGAGAAGAUUCAAGAAAUCCAGAACUUCAGAGAAAGGAACAGAGGAAGUAAAAUGUUCAACCACCUCUCAGCUGUCAGUGAGAGCAUCCCUGCCCUUGGGUGGAUAGCAGUGUCUCCUAAACCAGGCCCUUAUGUCAAGGAGAUGAAUGAUGCUGCUACCUUUUAUACUAACAGGGUAUUAAAGGACUACAAGAACAGUGACACACGCCAUGUUGAUUGGGUGAAAUCAUAUCUGAACAUCUGGUCUGAGCUCCAAGCUUAUAUCAAAGAACAUCACACCACAGGUCUCACCUGGAGUAAAACUGGUCCUGUUGCAUCCCCCAUGUCCAUGCGAUCUGUUCUAACCAGCGGCUCCUGCCUUUCCCCGCCACCUCCGCCACCGCCACCCCCGGGACCGCCCCCCAUCUUCGAUACGGAAACCACAAAGGACGAAGGAACUGCAUCCCGCUCCGCCCUCUUUGCACAGCUUAACCAGGGAGAGGCAAUUACCAAAGGGCUUCGACAUGUCUCUGAUGACCAAAAGACUCACAAGAACCCCAGUCUACGUGCCCAAGGUCCACCUGUUCGUUCUCCAACAAAAAGCCAUACUCCAAGUCCUACCUCUCCCAAGAACUCCCCACAGCAGAACCAUGCCCCUGUCUUGGAGCUGGAGGGAAAGAAGUGGAGAGUGGAAUAUCAAGAGGAUAAGAAUGACCUGGUCAUUCACAACACUGAACUCAAGCAAGUGGCCUACAUUUUUAAGUGUAACAAAUCUACACUUCAGAUAAAAGGAAAAAUCAACUCAAUUACUAUUGACAACUGCAAAAAGUUUGGCCUUGUGUUUGACAAUGUUGUGGGAAUCGUGGAAGUGAUCAACUCCAGGGAUAUUCAGAUUCAGGUGAUGGGGAAAGUGCCAACCAUUUCUAUUAAUAAAACAGAAGGCUGCCACAUCUACCUCAGUGAGGAGUCAUUGGAUUGUGAGAUUGUGAGUGCCAAGUCAUCCGAGAUGAACAUUCUCAUUCUGCAAGAUGGUGAUUAUAAAGAAUUUCCGGUUCCUGAACAGUUCAAGACAGCAUGGGAUGGAUCUAAGUUGGUCACUGAACCUGCAGAGAUUGUGGGUUGACUUCCUCACGCCAUCAAGCACUUGCUGACCGCGGCCAGACUGUGGCUAGCACACACAAAGCAGUAAUGUAAAGAACUAGAAGUAGCAGGAGUUCAUGCUGCUGUCAUAGGCCUUCAAGCAUUAGCUCUGCAUGCUAGGAACAAUAACACAUCUGGCACCCUUUUGUUAGGCAUCCUGGUCCUGGUCACAUCUCCACACAGUUUGCCUUCACAUACAAUUUGAAUUCUGAAUGGGAAGGUAAUAGGUUAAACCCCCCCACCUUCCAGUCACAUCAUUGGUUUGAAAUACUGUAUACAUUAAGCCAACAUACUGCAUGGUACACUUUUUUUAUCAUCUUGCUUCAGUGCAUUCCUUUUUGUGUUUCUGCUAAUCAAAAACAGCAUUAAGACUUUAAGGUGUUUGUUUUUACCUAUUAAGCAAUUCCCGUAUGAUGCAGUAAAAACGUACCUGUAGAAAUUGCAGUUUCAUGCAGUUCUGUGGCAAUCAUAACAUGUUUCGUUUUAAACAAGCAAGAAAGGACAACUUUUAGCACAGCAAUACACUUUGCUAACUGAAUUUAUUUAUUUUUUUUUUAAAUCUGGUAAUUUAAUCAAAAACAUUUCUAAUAUGCAUAUUUAGAAGAUCCCACAGUUUUCUGUGAAGUAAGAUUUUAUUAUGGUUCACAGACUUGCUGUUUCCCCCUCAUUUCUUGCAAAUUAGUAAUUCUUUCUAAGAUAGGGCCUCAUCAAUGCUAAAGUCGUGCAGGAAAUUACUUGAAGGUUUUUUGCUCCUUGGAUAUUUUUUUUUUUUUUUUUUUUUUGGUGACACGAUCUCUCACAUUUUAAAAUUUCACAUUUUAUCUUGCAUCUUAUACAGAAAACCAGGGAGGACAGACACAUCUGAUACCAGCUAGAUUUUCUUACUAAUUAAGUUCCUUUAAAAUA